AGAGGGUUCUCGAAAGCUUCCAGCACUACAGAUAAUCAUAACGACAGUCAACAUCUUGCAGAAUCCGGCAUUUCGAGCAACGCUGAGGAGUCACUCGGUACCAUUCGUCAUCACUCGACUUACGACACUAGUGAGAUCCAUGAGCGUCCUCAAGUUCCCGGAUCUCCUAGGCUAUCCUUCAUGUCCAUCUGCCAAGCAAGGCCAACCUCGGACAUGCCUGUCUACGCCUACUGACAGCGCGAUUGAUACCAUCAUGACUGAUGCGCCAGCACCACCCCUCCCUGUUGAUCACGAUGGUCGAGACCUUUACCGUCGACUCUUUCCGCACGGCCAUAUCCUUCAAGAAAAUCCAGCAGAUGACCGGCGGGCUGGCUUGUUUGCUUUGCAACGCUCCAUUCGUUCGCAGUUGACCAAGCAGCAACAUGUGCGAGUGCCCUUUAUCUCUGAACUCAGCUCUAUCGCGCAGCAAAUUCAACUCGGUCAUGCCACAGAGGAGCUUGCACAAUCCACGGUGGACAACAUCCAUAGACUUGACAGUGACCAGAUCCAAGGCCCCACCACCGAUGACACGAAAACAUUGGAAGACGGUGAGGUGUCCGGCUCCUACGUGGGUGACAACAACCAUAAGCCAACCAACAGGCAGAACACAAUCCCCAGUGCCGGCAAGACGUCCGGCUUCACUGUGACCAAAGGAACGGCGCUGAACGUGGAGACCCCUUCGUCAGGAGAUUUCGGUACAACGAGUCAAUCUACCAUCGAUCCUUACGUGCCUACUCAACAAGCCAGCCAUCGGAAAGCAGCGAUAUUACCGUCAACUCCUUUUUCGCUCUAUGAGCUAGAUCUCAUCCUUCAGCUAUACGGCAAAUCACUCGACUGUGCCACGCCACUACGCCUGGGCUGGAUUGCGCAAGGUAGAGUCUUGAAUGGCCUUGGUCAUGAUCUUUCCUCGUUGGUGGUCGUCUUCUUUGAUCCCGACUCUCGUGGUCACUGGACAGGUGUUCGCCAGCGAGACCCGGCCGUGGACGGCUUGAACACGGACUCAGACGAGCCCAUGGCGUCCUUGGAUGAUGAUGACGACGACGACAACGACGACGAUGCGAAUCCGUACCGCACAUCGCCGUGGCUUCCAAAACACCGAGACGACUCCAAAUGCUACUCUUGUUUCAGGGAUAACAAAAAGUGUUACGGCAAGUCACCGUGCUUCGAAUGCCAGCGGAGAAUGAUGCAAUGUCGCCCACAAGACCCGGAGUCUACAGCACAGAUGCUCGACGCCGCUCACAAACCCCGCCUCUUCGACCACAACAACCGUAGUAUCACGACCGAUCCGUGCGCUACAUGCUUUCGCAGUCGAGAACAUUCAUGCGACGGUGUCUUGCCCUGCAACAAUUGUCGUCUUGCAGGAAUAGGCAAUCAAUGUAACCGAGAUCACAAGACUGAAAAGAAGGCGAAGCAACGCACGACCGAGUCCGCGAAAGAUCAACUCCCACCACUGGCGAUCAGCAAUGAGGAGCGUUACUGUUCUGGCUGCGGCUAUGUCAUUGAUUUAUCUCAACCCUCCCAUUACUCACGGAUCGAAAAUCACCGGCAUGAAAAAGUUUGUCGUAAAUGUGGUUAUGAAGAAAACAAAAGUGGCCGGCAUUCCAGUCAUUCACAACACAGAACGUGCUGGUACUGUUUCGCUGAGAACGUCGACGCCAGGUCUUUCACGGUCGCUUUGGCCGAUGGCGAAGAAGGUAAUACGUGGUGCCCUACCUGCCGCCGGUUAUACCGACAGCAAACAGCAAAUGAGCAGGUGAAAUCUGCGACGGCUUCUACCUGCGACGUGUGGUCAUCGAAUCUGGGGCAAGCCACAGCUCGAGACUGCCAUGCAGGAGACCCUGCAACAGUAGAGGAGUGGCGGUCUGAUCCACGUCGGCGGUGCCACACGUGUGGGACGCUCAACAGCCGCAGAUGGUGCCAUUCCCGCGUGAGUGGUCAACAGGGUAUCCGAUGGUGCGAAAAUUGUUACAAAUUCUGGUUGAGACAGCAAGUCGAUCCGUAUUACUCGCCCGCCGCGAUCUUGGCGAGAACUGGUCGUGGUGUCGUCUGUGCCGGCCACUGCCGUCGCGUCGAUGACGGCAGUCAACGAUUCAGUCUCUCCAAGCUUGAUCAGACAAAGUUCUGGUGCUUAAACUGCUCUGUUUCCUACGGACGAACGGGAAGAGACCCUGCGGGCAGGGACGACAUGAAAUGUUUCGUCUGUGGCAACGCUUCCCUUUCCCAGUUCCACAAUUCUCGAGACCCGGAUGAACAGGGCGAGAUGUGGUGCCUUGGUUGCCUCAGAUACUGGCAGAAUCAUGAUGGAGAGCAUCCAAGGAUGCGACCUGAGGUACUACGGGCGCGGGAUCGUCAGCGGAUGCUUGACCUUGACACUGAGGGUAGCGAAUCUGAUGGUGCUUGAGACGCGUGCUCACACAUAUGCCAGGACGCUUGUCAGAUAGAGAAGUGGCCUGUAAAGAGCAGUAGCACACGCAGUACCUUGCCUGUUCGAUUAGUUGUCGUCAAAUGUAGAUAGAGUAUUGACCUUCGACACUUGCCGACCCUACGAAUGGGCGAUACCCUCGAUCACUCCUCGACUGCUUUUGACGAGUUUCCAACUUGUCUCUUCACACAAUCAAUGUCCUC